GCGACCAAACAAAAACCUGAUCCAAAACCAGAUUAAACCGGGAAAAACCUGUCUGUCUCUCCAACAAACAAAAAAUGGCUUCUGUUUCAACAAUUUUUUCAAUUUUUACUUCUUCUUCUUCUUCAAAAUCAUCUUCUUUAGAUAACAAGAAGCCCAUCACACUCUCAGACACUAGUGAAAAAUCUCAAUAUCUAAACAUUCCCAGAAGAAACUUUCUUAAAGGGGCAACUACUACUCUCUUGGUACCAUUAUCUACAACAUUGCAUUCACCAUCAUCUUCACUUGCUAAAGAAAUCGAAGUUGGCUCGUAUUUACCGCAGUCGAGUUCCGACCCCAGUUUCGUUUUGUUUCAAGCUUCUUCUAAGGAUACUCCUGCUCUUCGUGCAGGAAAUGUGCAGCCAUACCAGUUUGUCCUUCCACCAACUUGGAAACAGUUACGUAUUGCUAACAUACUUUCUGGGAACUACUGCCAACCCAAAUGCGCAGAGCCUUGGAUAGAAGUAAAAUUUGAAGAUGAAAAGCAGGGCAAAGUUCAAGUAGUGGCUUCUCCUUUGAUACGAUUGACCAACAAACCUAAUGCAACUAUUGAAGACAUUGGGAGCCCAGAGAAAGUUAUCGCGUCUCUUGGCCCUUUUGUUACCGGAAAUACUCUUGACUUGGAUGAAGAACUACUUGAAACAUCAGUUGAAAAAAUCGGAGACCAAACAUAUUACAGGUAUCUUCUGGAGACUCCCUUUGCAUUGACUGGCUCACACAACAUUGCCAAGGCUACAGCGAAAGGGAACACCGUAAUCUUAUUUGUUGCUAGUGCAAGCGAUAAACAGUGGCCAUCAUCCCAAAACACUUUGAAAGCUAUUGUAGAUUCUUUCCACGUGUAACCCAUCUAUUCUUGUAAGUAUAUUCUAAUAUCCAUAUUGUGUUCUGUUCUGCUCUUCUGUUUGUAUGCAGGUUCACUAAAAGAACAAAUCAUUAACCAUGAUUUUUUUUGUAUAAACGAUAAUUUUUCCGUGCCUUCAAUAUAGAGCUAAAUAAUGGCAAUAAGUUAUGUAGUUAA